UCUUUGUCUUCCACACCGUCUCAACCCACUUCAGCUCGUGUCCCUCGAAGCUCCAAGCGGCCCACGCGGCACCGGUCCGCUCACCGCACUCCUCACUCACGACAACAACAGCCACCAGCAACAGGCUGCGCUACCGCCGCGAUGCACGAUCCGUUCCCCUUCGAGAGUCCUGAAUACCUUGUCAAACUUGUCCAGCCGGUGGCAGACGCCCUACACCUGCAUACGCUACCGCUGCACUUCCACGAAGUAGUCAUCGCGUACGCACUGUACCACACCACGAACAGUUAUGUCUCGCCCGCGUUUAGCCGCUACUUCUUCCCCACCGUCUACCCGCAGCUGAACGCGCGCACGAAGCUCAACUGGGACGUGCAUAUUGUGUCGUUUGUGCAGAGCACGGUCAUCUGCGGCCUCGCGCUAUGGGUCAUGCUGGCUGAUGAAGAGAGGGAUCAGAUGGGGAAGACUGAGCGAGUGCAUGGAUACACGGGGGGCACGGGGUUGGUGCAGGCAUUUGCUGGGGGGUACUUUCUGUGGGACUUGGUGAUUACGGUGCAGAACAUGGGCGUCUUCGGUAUUGGCAUGCUGUUCCAUGCCAUCAGCGCUCUGUGCGUGUUCUCAUUGGGUUUCCGACCCUUUGUGAACUACUACGCCCCCACCUUUAUCCUCUACGAGCUCUCCUCGCCCUUCCUCAACAUCCACUGGUUCUGCGACAAGCUCAACCUCACCGGCUCGACCCUGCAGCUCAUCAAUGGCAUCUUCCUGCUCUUCACCUUCAUGACCUGCCGCCUGUUCUGGGGCACGUACCAAUCCAUCAAAGUGUUCGGCGACAUCUGGACCGCGUACCACGCCGGGCCGGUGACUUUUCUCGACCCAGCCGUCAAGUCCCUCAACAACGCGACCGCCAUCGGCGCCGGAGUGCAGCGCACGGAUAUCCUGGUGUUCGCGGAGGGCCAGACGGUCCCGCUGUGGCUCGCCCUUGCGUAUCUCGCCUCCAACCUGGUGCUCAACGGGCUGAACUGGUUCUGGUUCGCAAAGAUGAUCGAGACGCUGCGUAAGCGCUUCGACCCGCCGCUCGGCACGAGGCGCGUCGAGAAGCCGUCGCACAUUGAUAUGCCCGAGAGCGACAAGGUGCUUAUCGAGGGCAUUCACGUUGGCACGCCUGGUGUCGGGGCUGGUGGCAAGGUGUUGGUGCCGGAGCACUUUGGCGUAAAUGGCGACGGGGAGGUAGUCAAGGUCGCGGCGAAGACGACGCAUCUCGAGGUUGAGGGGAGGGAGGUCAGGAACCGCACCAGCACCAGGAGAAGAGGGUGAGAAGGAGGUUUCUCGACUUGAAGUAUUGCACGAGUCUACUGGGUUUCUAGUUAGAACCGUAGAUUCUACUUUUUUGAUACAGCGCUUACUCUAGUUCAUCGCGAGCCAACAACGCACGUACGGUCGUUCCAAUAAUAAUUAGACACACACACGCACAC